AUGGAAGCAAUACGAGCGCAACUCGCAGAAGCUCGUGAGCGCGCCGAACGCGCAGAAGACCGCGUCGAAGCGAUCAAACAAGACCGCGAUUCUCUACAGCAGGAUCUCGACGAGACGGGCGAGAAGUACGAUAUACUCUCAGAGCGCUAUCAUCGCCGGGACGGGCGCGUGUUGGAGGAAGACUAUCUGGGGUUCCGGAGCAUGUAUCGACGGAUGCAGGAUGAGCGUCGGGGACUCACGAGCGAGUUGCGUCGAGCAGAGGGUCGACUCGACGAGGCGCUUGCUGAGGAGAGGGCUGUUGAGGCGAGACUCGAGCGAGCGAGGCUGCGGGAGAACGAACGGCGAGUUGAAGAAGGAAGUUUGGGGGUCGUGCGACGAGCUCCUUAUCGAGUCCAAGAGACGAAGCGCGAGGCAGAGGGCUAUCUUCGUCCUUGUGGCUAUUUCCAAGACGAACGGGUACGCGAAGGGCGGUUGGGUCGGAGUUAUUAUUACGACGGUCGCGAGUCCAGCGCAAGUCACGACGGAGAGUACCGUCGGUCUUCCAACGACCAUCUUCAGCAGGACUCGAAGCCUCGUAGGGAUGGGAAAGGGUACAACUCCACUCAGCAGCCUCCUCGGCGGGAGCAACAUCCUCGCGAAGACGACCAGCGCAAGAAGUCGACACCAAAGACCCGUCAGCCUGAAAAAGGAACACCUCGCAACCAUCGUCGUUCCCAUCCGCCCCACGACAAGCAACGGAGCAGCCAAGAAGCCCGUCCUCGAGCCGAAGAACGUCGUCAACCAAGAGCAACUGGACCUUCCACUCGCUCACCAGCCCAUCGCCCUCGACCCGGUGACGACGUGGUCGCAGGCUGGUGGGAAUUCGCCAACGAAUGCUUCCAAGACUACGAGCACAUGCAACAGUUUCCAGUCCCUCCAGCAUGCACGGCGUGCAAUGGAAACUGCGAAAGCUCCCUCCAAGCCUUGCUCCGGCGGAUCCCAAACUUGAACCCGAAGCUGACAAGGGUGCGAUUCCAUCCCGACAAGUUCUCGGCGUGUCCGGCUGACAAGAGAGUGGAUUUCAAGGCGAGAGCAGGGGAGAUUUUUGUCGUUCUGAAUGAGAUGCUGAGGAGGGAGGAGGAGGAGGAGGGGAAGUGA